AACUCCACGCAUCUCCACGAUUCCUAAAACAACUCCCGGAGAUUAACAUCACUUACAUUCACACUCACACUUAUCUACACUUAGUUAUACUUGCUGCAUCAGACUAUGAUGCCACAUGUCUAGGUUGUCCUUCCUACACAUUCAAAUUCGUCAUCUUGUUCACUAAAUCUAUGGCCUCCUCUUUUCUGUCUUAUUCCCAUAUCGGAUCGAAUGGCGCCAAAAUCAGAUACUGAUUCUAGAGACGAGGAGCGCCUUGCCGCUUGCUUCAACUGUAAGAAAUCUAAACUAAAAUGUGUCCGACCCAAUGGAUCUGCAACUUGUACUCGAUGUACACAACGUUCAAUUCAAUGUUCGGCGCCACUCUUUCAUGUCGGUCGUCAUAAAGGAGUAAAAAACAAACAUUCGGGGUUGGAAAAAGCCGUCUUUCAAAUAGAACAGGCGUUGAGAAGGUCACACGCAGGUUCUAUCGAUCAGGUACAGACGGCAGAGCAAGCCACUGAAUUGAGAUUUUUAUUAGAGAGGAGCAGGGAACUCCUCAGUGGCGAGAAUGGACUUCCCCGGCACAUAUCCGCAGCUCAGAAUGGCGUAGAUCGCGACCAGGUGUCUGUAUCUCCCCAGCAGACUUCAACCUCGAUUGGGACGUCGCCUUCGCAGGACUGCUCUCGUGACGAUUCAGCAGUAGCAAAUACCAAGGUCGAAGAAGAUCAACUUAGUUUAGACGAUGCCGAGAAUCCACUGCAAUUGUUAGCUCGGACAUCGGAACUAUUAUCAUCUAUAACGCCACAAGUGCAAGGAUCCGGUGCAGGCCGUCUUCCUUCCAAAUCUAAUUCUCAGCGUGGCUUAGGAGGGGAAGGAGAUGAUUUGCAGAAAUUCUUUGGCCGUUUUCAAGCGCGAUUGGAUGUAGGCGAAGAUCUUGAUCCCAUUGAACUGGGCCUCAUCACCGUUGCGGAAGCCGAGACGUUAUUCGCAUAUUUUUAUGAAAAACUCGCACAUACGCGUUGGGGAAUUGACCCCGUGAUACACACCGUGGAUUUUAUUCGAAACAGGUCGGCUUUUCUACUGACCUCAAUAGCCGCCGCGUCGGCACUAUUUUCACCAUCUAUGGAAGCAUUAUAUAAGAGACUUUCUAAUCAUCGACAAAAGCUCGCCAGUCUUAUCAUGUCAAAGCGCUAUAAAUCGGUAGAGAUUAUCCUAGCAUUCAUGGUGAAUAUACCAUGGAUCUCGGCUGGUGAACAUUGGGCUGAUGACGAAACCUCGACUUACCUUUCCAUGGCUUUGACGUUUGCAUUGGAUCUAUCUCUAAACAAGAUCAUUUUGCCUUCAUCUACGGAGCCGCGAAGUCCAAGAGAUAGUUUUGCCACAUCCGACUGUAUUUCUGGCAGGAAAGCCCUUGCGAUGGAUGGUUUUAAUAUGGAUCCGGAUUCCCCGAGGGGAAGAAGGCUCUUGAGGAGAAGAGAACGAACUUGGCUAUCUCUUUUUGUUCUUGAAAGAGGCGUAUGUCUUGCAAGAGGAAGGAAUUAUGUUCUGCCAAUGUCUCCACUCAUUGAAAGUUGCGAUCAAUGGCAUUUGAGCGACUUGGCGGAUAGAUGGGAUGGUUCAAUUGUCUCAGUCGCAGUUUUAAGAAGAGAUCUGACGAAUAUCAUCACAAAAGUAAGAGCAAUUUGCGAUAGUUAUGCCAACGGUAAUAGUGAAUCCUCUGUUGUGGAUAGAGUCAAGCAUGAAAUUACACUUUUCUUCGAUAGAUGGUACCAAACUUGGCCCCUGCAAUUAGGCGAUCGUGAGCAACUAUCGUUGCCCCCGUAUGUCGAGAUUCUGGCAUCCCACACUCGACUAUCUCUGUACAGCUCUGUGAUUAACCAUAGCACUGCACCCGUCGGAGCACGUCAUUUCUUUCGUGCUGCUGGUCUUUCAUCCGCAUUAAAUGUUCUGCGAGUGGCUGUGCAGGGCGAGGGGCAGCUAAGGUCUAUGCCUAACAACACCGCCAUCAUGAUAUCCUUUGCUGCAUGUUUCGCCCUCAGGGUUAGCACAGUCGCUGAUGGCCGAGGCUCCAGCCUAGCUCCCAGCAUAAGAGCCUUGAUAGCGGAGACUACAGACGUGUUGGAAAGGAUAGGGUCAGCCCCAAUCCAACGAAAGGGACUCUCUUGUCUGUUCGCCGGGCAAUUGAGACAAAUCCUGAAAUAUGCAUCCCGGGCCCCAGAUACUACCCAAGCUCUACCGGAAUCGAAUGGAGAGUUGACCAAGAACGCUUCUAUUUAUACCGACCUUACUGCAGCCCAUAUGGCCAACCACCAAGGCACAAUUCAAAUGCCGGUUGCGGCAACAAGUCUACCUCCGGACUACUUGAUAUUCUCUACCAUGUCGAAUGAGAAUCAGUUAGAUGAAGCUAUUCACAGCACUGAGAUUGGGCUCAACCCAUUCUGGGAGGACUUCCAAUUUCAAAGUGCCGACUUGGAUUGGAUGGAUUGGUCAACAUUCGGAACGUAAAUGUAUGAACUUCAUGUCUAUAAUCUGAAAUUUCGGUACAUCGGUGUUUACGGAUUGUGGUGAGGAGCAUUCAAAUGGUGUUGGUUAUACCUGGUUUGAAGGGAUUUGAAGGGGCGUUCGGAUAGGUCUGAUUUCGAUAUCGUGUAUUGUAUGCUGGUCUUAGCAUACUCGGCUUUUUGAGAUAGAGACGGGUCGGGUCACAUUCCGUUAGGACCCUUUCUGCAGAAGGUGUUACCUGUCAGCUUACCUAGUAGCUAUCUAGGUACGGAAGGUUGCAAGUAUAUCUCGAUAAAAAUAGUAGAUAUCAUAUAUACAACUUCGAGACAAGUUUACUAAAGAGCUUGCCAACAUAGCGUUCCACUUUGCCUAGGUAGAAUAAGCUUCUAGAACGGUAUUUCGAAGAAUUAUCAAUUUUCUGCAGCCUUGAAGCAAGACAUUAUCUAUGCAGCGGGCACAUCGUAGUGU